AUGCGCGGCGCGCUGGGGGGCGCGGUUAUUACUGAGAAGCCCAAUGUGAAGUGGGAUGACGUGGCGGGGCUAGAGGGCGCAAAGGAGGCCCUCAAGGAGGCAGUGAUCCUCCCUGUCAAGUUCCCCCAGUUCUUCACUGGAAAGCGCAAGCCGUGGAGCGGGAUUCUCAUGUAUGGGCCGCCAGGGACCGGAAAGUCUUAUCUUGCAAAGGCGGUGGCCACCGAGGCGGACAGCACGUUCUUCUCAAUCAGCAGCAGCGACCUGGUCAGCAAGUGGCUGGGGGAGAGCGAGAAGCUGGUGACCCAGCUGUUCUCGCUGGCGCGGGACAGCGCCCCAUCCAUCAUCUUCAUUGAUGAGGUGGGGAGUUUGUAG